GGGAGACAAAGAAAUAAAGGAAAAGGGACCCCCCAUAUGAUUUUGAGUGAUAUGUUCAAAAUGGCUUCCUUCACUCAUUUUCCUACCAUAACUCCGACCCAAGGCAUCCAAGGAAGAGAGAGGAGGUCUGAAACUUUCCAUUUCCAUAGCCAUAAUCAAGCUCAAGCCAUAAGGAGGUCCAAGGAAGAAGAAAGAGUUAGAAAAGAAGAGAAAAACCUUGAUUAAUUAAGGAUUUUACAAAAAUAUUCUAGACUUCUCAAGGAAUCUAGGAGUGGCCGGAAAAGUCGCCGGAUCCGCCGGAGUUUUUGCCGGAAAAUUCAAAAGUCGCCGGAGUUCAAACAAAGAAGAUAAAAGCUUGCUAGCGUCAUUUCAAGUUUGCCAUGAAGGACUUGGACGAUAUUCACUUUUUCUCGGGCCUUGUACAAGCCAGUUCGUACACCACUACCGUCGCGUACUACUCUUUCUCUCACAGAUGGUGAACUUCUUUUUCUGAUACUACUGAGUAUCGCCGUAUGGUAGGUGCAUUGUGAUAUUUGAUUUUAACUAGACUUGAUAUAAUUAUGCUGUACAUUUGGUUUCUCAGUUCAUGCAUGCACCACGUACUACUCAUCUUUGGCUGUGAAGCGGAUUUACAUAUAUUUGCAGGGUACUACAGAUUAUGGCUUGUGGCUUCAAGCUAACCGUGACAUCUCUCUUCUUGUGGCCUACUUUGAUGCUGAUUGGGCAGGUUGUCCGGACAACAGUCGUUCCACCACUGGUUAUGCCAUUUUUCUGGUCCCAAUCUUAUUUCCUGCCUUCCUGGCGCUCCAAGAAGCAACCUACUAUUUCUAAAUCUUACACGGAAGCUGAGUAUCGUGCCAUAGCCUACACCAUUCAGGAUAAUAUUUUCAUCCGCUCACUUAUUUCUGAGAUGGGUAUUCAGCUUUCCACACCGGUUCAGCUCCACUAUGAUAAUGUGUCUGCUUCUUAAUUAGCUAUGAAUCCCAUUCAGCAUGAUCACAGUAAGCACAUCAAGAUUGAUUAUCAUUUUGUCAGAGAAAGAGUUGCUCAUGGAGCUCUGGUGGUCAAAUAUGUUCCGACGCGGUUAUAGUUAGCUGAUAUUUUGCUAAAAGCUUAUCUAGUCAAGGUUUUGAAUUUUUACGUUCCAAUCUGCGCGUUGUUUCCCCUGCACAGAUUGAGGGGGUGUAAUAAUCUAUAGUAUUGAGACAUAUUUGUAAUUUUCCUAUUUAUUUGUUUAAUAUAUAUAGACCACCAGGACACCCUAAUAGGGGGGGGGGGGCAUUAU